AAUGGUCGCUGUUGCAAAUCCAAAAGUUACAACAACAGAACAGAGAUGUGCUGUGCUGGAAAUGUCCAGUCAAGACCAUACARUGGUAAAUGUUGUGGAGCAAAGAGCUWCAACACCAGGAACCAAAUCUGCUGUGCUGGACAAGUCAAAUCUAAACCAUUUAAUGGUGCCUGUUGUGGAGCAAAGAGCUACAAUACAAGGACCCAGAUCUGYUGUGYUGGAMWAGUCAAYUCUAAACCAUUYAAUGGUCGCUGUUGCAAAUCSAAAAGUUACAACAACAGAACAGAGAUGUGCUGUGCUGGACAGAUCAGUUCUAGACCAUUCACCGGUGCUUGCUGUGGAGCGAAGAGCUACAACACCAGGAACCAAAUCUGCUGUGCUGGACAAGUCAAAUCUAAACCAUUUAAUGGUGCCUGUUGUGGGGCAAAGAGCUACAAUACAAGGACCCAGAUUUGCUGCGCUGGACUAGUCAAUUCUAAACCAUUCAAUGGUCGCUGCUGUAAAUCAAAAAGUUACAACGAAAGAACGGAGAUGUGCUGUAUUGGAAACGUCCAGUCAAGACCA